AUGUUGCAGCCUCUCGGUAAAUUUCUGCACGUAAAGCUGUUCUUGAUCGCUGCUUUUCUCUUAACCUAUUCUUCUAGUCUCAAGAUUGGUGAAACCUGUCGCACUUCGGGCAGUGAUUGCGACGUUGGCUUAACAUGCGGCAUUUGCGCUGCAAACAACAACACCAGACCUCGCUGCAUUCGUACUCAACCAAUAAUUCCUACAACCAAGGUAAAAACCUUGCCGUUCAAUAGGUAUUCAUGGCUGACAACCCACAAUUCGUUUGCUCGGGUCGGGUCGGAGUCGUCUAUGGGCUCUCUUAUUCUUGCCCCGUCUAAUCAGGAUGAUUCCGUGACUGAUCAGCUCAAAAAUGGCGUUCGAGGACUAAUGCUCGAUAUGUAUGACUUCAACAAUGAAAUCUGGUUGUGUCACUCCUUUGGUGGAAAGUGUUACAAUGUAACCGCAUUUCAACCGGCUACGGUGGUGUUGAGAGAGAUUGAGGUUUUUCUUGAACAAAAUCCGACAGAAAUCAUCACCAUCUUCAUUGAGGAUUAUGUGACAUCUCCAUAUGGCUUGACAAAAGUGUUUAAUGAAUCUGGGCUCAGUAAAUACAUGCUCCCGCUAUCUCAAAUGCCUAAAGAUGGUAAAGAUUGGCCAACGGUGGCGCGCAUGGUCAAGAAGAAUCACCGCUUGGUAGUCUUUACCUCUAAAUCUUCGAAGCAGGCUUCUGAAAAUAUUGCCUAUCUAUGGGACUACGUCGUGGAAAAUCAGUAUGGGAAAAAUGGGAUGAUUGCUGGUUCCUGCCCCCAACGUCCGGAAUCAUCGCCCAUGAACACAGCUUCGAAGUCUCUGGUUCUUAUGAAUUACUUUCCAACAAACCCGAAUGUAUCGACAGCUUGCAUAGACAACUCUUAUGACCUGAUUAGUAUGAUGCAGACCUGUUAUGAUGCAGAUGGAAAACGCUGGCCAAAUUUCAUUGCAGUUGAUUUUUACACUCUGAGUGACGGAGGGGGAGCCCCAGAAGCUGUUGAUCGAGCCAAUGGGCGUUUAGCCUGUGGCUGUGACAGCAUUGCCUAUUGCAGAGCAAAUGCAACUUUCGGGACGUGCAAUGUACCGGUGCUUGCACCUCCACCACCGGCUCAGCUACCGCCCAUUGCGAGAGCGGACGAGCAUAGCAAAAGUUCUCCUAUGAGCAGACCUCUCAAUCCUCAUCGGUUUAUUUUGGCAAUCCUAACCAAGGCGCUCCUGAUGUGGCUGUAGGUCCUGCUUAUUUGGUAAGACCAGAAUAGUGCAUUCUUUAAAUUGGGUUCACAGACAUUAAAACUUAUUCGAAUUUCAGAGGGUGCGUGGAUGUUGGAAAGCCUCAUCUGGUUUUUACUGGUGAUGAACAACUUCCCAAUGUAUUUUUCCACUACUAUUGAUCAUAUAAUUUGCUUCUAACGACUAUGUCGUCAGAUGGAUAGGCGAACGUAGGUAUAUAGGAGUAUUUUUUAUAAUACAACUUAUUAUAGCUA